AUGGCCACCGCUGUCGCCCCUAUCACCGGCAUGCUCCGCCGGGGCCUCGUUCUUGACCUGGCCACUGCCUUCGCGGAUGGCUCGGAAAUCUCGAUACGGAGUGCAAUUGGCGUCCAGGAUGCGGAAUGGGGGAUAUGGGAUAUGCUCGAAUUGAGGGGAACUCAGGUGUUCAGAGAAACAAUUGCUGACAGAGAGACGUCGAACCAACAGGUUUCGGAACCACCUUCGGCUACCUCUGGUGGCUUCCACCUCCCCCGUGUCCGCGCUCGUGACACCUACUACGCCAAGCUCGAGCAGGAGCGUCUGAACCAGAAGGCCUAA